CUGUUGCUUAUAAAUGCGAAAAAUAGAGAGGGGACGGGUUUUUCCAGUUUCCAUUCGCGACUCACGUCGAAGAAAACAACCCUUGUCUCUACUCCUUACACCUUCCGAACCUAUCAUCACCUUCAGUGUUAUUGAUUUGAUUCUUGGCCUUUGCUUUUCAUCAUAGUAAUUUCAUUAGUAGCAUAGCGUACCGUGUAUCGUUUCCUUUUUCUUGCAGCUCGGGCAUGGAUGCUAUGUCGAGCCAAAGCCUAGGGCAACCGCCCAAUCUCAAUCCUAAUUCCAAUCCCAAUCAAAAUGAUGAUCAGAAUCAAACGGAAGGGCACCGACCUGCAGAAAGAGAGCAGCAGCAACACCAAGAAGGAGAAGAAGCGGAAGAAGAAGACGAUGAGGAAGAGGAGGAAGAGGAGGAGGAGGAGGAGGAGGAAGAAGAAGAAGGGCGGAAGGAAGAUGAUGAAUUGAUGGCAAAAGCGCAGGCUCUCAUGGAGAAGAUCACUUCUUCUGCCGAUAACCCUAAUCCUACGGUGCUCCAUGCUCUCGCCUCCCUUCUUGAAACGCAAGAGUCUCUUUUUAGAUGCCUUGAAGAGAAUGGUCCUUCUUCCAGCAAUGGUCGUGCUUCUCAUAACGUUGGACAGUUGGCGAACUUAAUCAGGGAGAAUGAUGAAUUUUUUGAUUUGAUAUCGUCAAAGUUUCUUUCUGAGAGUCGAUGUUCUACCGCUGUCCAGGCAGCUGCUGCUAGACUUCUUCUAAGCUGUUCUGUUACUUGGAUUUAUCCUCAUGUUUUUGAAGAACCGGUUUUAGAGAAUAUCAAAGCUUGGGUAAUGAACGAGACUCCUAGAUCUUCUAUUGAAGAUCAGAAUUGCAAGCAUGAAUUGACAAGAAAUGAAACCUCAGAUGCUAAAAUUUUAAGAACCUAUUCCACUGGACUUCUUGCAGUGUGUUUGGCAAGUGGUGGUCAAGUGGUAGAAGAUGUCUUGACUUCUGGAUUGUCCGCUAAGCUUAUGCGCUAUCUUCGUGUGCGUGUCCUUGGGGAGAUUUUUGCAAUUCAAAAUGAUGCCUUCCAUUUAUCUGAAAGUAAGAGCCUAUCUGGCGCUUCCUCUUUCAGAAGUAGAGAUGAAGGUCGAGGGAGGAUUCGGCAGGUUCUAGAGACAACUCAAACGGAUGUUCCCAGACUAAUAGAUGAGAAACCUUUAGAUGACCAUUGUCCCGAACAGGAUCGAGAACUACCUGAUGGGGUAGGUGAGGGGGUUUACAUGCAUGAUGUGGAUGCUGAUAGUGAGGAAAGAUGGCAUAUUCGAGAUAUUCGUGAUGGAAAAUUGAGAAAUGGUGAAGUUGAUGAAAAUGGGAGAGAUGAAUCCUCCAGGCGCAAGAUAAACCGUGGAUCAGCAAGGUCAAAGGUUAAGGGAAGGACUUCUGAAGGUAUUAUGGAGAAUGAACAAUCAUUAACCUCACCAAGCUCUGGAAGUCGUUUUGGAUUGGCACAUAGUAUGAGAGAGAGAAGUGCAUCUAAGCAUUUAGAUAUGAGAAAGACGCCGGAGGCAAAGAAGGGUGCGGGAAAGACCGAUGCUGAUAAUCUGGUAGUGGAAAGAGAGGAUAAUGAUGAAUGCUUUCAAGGAUGUAGAGUUGGAAGUAAAGAUUUCUCUGAUCUGGUUAAAAAAGCGGUUAGAGCUGCUGAAGCUGAAGCUAGGGCAGCCAAUGCACCUGUUGAAGCCAUCAAAGCAGCUGGCGAAGCUGCAGCUGAAGUUGUCAAGUGCGCAGCUUUAGAGGAGUUUAAAACUACUAAUAAUGAAGAAGCUGCUCUGUUGGCUGCUUCCCAAGCAGCGGCUACUGUUGUUGAUGCUGCUAAUGCUGUUGAAGUUUCAAGGGACUCCACUGCCGUAAGUUUGGAUCUAGUAGAUAAAAGUGCUGCAGAAAAAGAAGUAAACGAGGAUGUUGAGGAGUAUUUUGUUCCCAAUGCUGAGCAGCUUGCACAAUUGAAAGAAAGAUAUUGUAUUCAAUGCCUUGAGACUUUAGGUGAAUAUGUUGAAGUCCUUGGGCCUGUACUGCAUGAAAAGGGUGUAGAUGUCUGUCUAGCCCUGUUGCAACGAAGUUCCAAGAUUGAAGAAGCAGCAAAGGCUACUUCUCUCUUGCCUGAUGUGAUGAAGCUAAUUUGUGCUUUGGCAGCCCAUCGGAAGUUUGCUGCAUUAUUUGUUGAUCGGGGUGGCAUGCAAAAACUGCUUUCUGUUCCGAGAGUUCCUCAAAAUUAUUUUGGUCUUUCUUCUUGCCUAUUUACUAUAGGUUCUUUACAGGGAAUAAUGGAACGUGUCUGUGCACUUCCUUCUGAUGUUGUCCACCAGGUGGUUGAGUUAGCUAUCCAACUUCUUGAAUGCCCUCAGGACCAAGUUAGGAAAAAUGCUGCACUAUUUUUUGCUGCUGCGUUCGUCUUUAGAGCAGUGCUUGAUGCUUUUGAUGCUCAAGAUGGUUUGCAGAAGUUAUUGCGCCUUUUAAAUGAUGCUGCCUUGGUAAGAUCUGGGGCAAAUUCUGGCACAUUAGGCUUGUCUGGAACAGCGUCAUUCCGAAAUGAGAGAUCGCCAUCAGAGGUACUGACUUCUUCAGAAAAGCAGAUAGCCUAUCAUGCAUGCGUGGCUUUGCGGCAAUACUUCAGAGCUCAUCUUCUUUUGCUUGUGGAUUCCAUACGCCCAAAUAAAAGUAACCGGAGUGGAGCACGGAGUAUUCCAAGCACCAGGGCAGCAUACAAGCCACUUGACAUUAGCAAUGAGGCCAUGGAUGCUGUGUUUCUGCAGUUGCAGAAGGACCGGAAGCUGGGUCCUGCUUUUGUAAGGACUCGUUGGCCAGCUGUUGAUAAAUUCUUAAGAUGUAAUGGGCAUGUUACCAUGUUGGAAUUGUGCCAGGCCCCUCCCAUUGAGCGUUAUCUACAUGACUUGCUACAGUAUGCAUUAGGUGUUCUGCACAUUGUUACUUUGGUUCCUAUCAGCCGCAAGAUGAUUGUAAAUGCCACUUUGAGUAAUAAUCGUGCUGGCAUAGCGGUUAUUUUGGAUGCAGCAAAUAGUGCUAGUAGUCUUGUGGACCCUGAGAUUAUACAACCGGCCCUUAGUGUGUUAAUUAAUCUAGUUUGUCCUCCGCCUUCAAUCAGCAAUAAACCACCCUUACUAGCUCAAGGUCAGCAAUCUGCUUCUGGUCAAACCACAAAUGGUCUUGGUGUUGAAACUAGAAAUGCAGAACGCAAUAUUUCGGAUCGAGCUGUUUUCCUGCCUAAUCAGAGUGAGAUGAGGGAACGAAGUGGAGAAUCGAGUUUGGUUGAUAGGGGCACUGCAGCAGGCACCCAAUCCACCAACAGUAUUAAUCAAACACCUGUUUCUGCUGCUUCAUCUGGUUUGGUUGGAGAUCGGAGAAUAUCCUUAGGUGCUGGAGCAGGUUGUGCUGGCCUUGCUGCACAACUAGAACAAGGAUAUCGUCAAGCAAGAGAGGUUGUACGGGCCAAUAAUGGCAUAAAGGUUCUACUGCAUCUUCUCCAACCCCGAAUAUAUUCACCUCCUGCUGCUUUGGAUUGUCUUCGGGCUCUUGCAUGUCGAGUCUUGCUUGGUUUAGCUAGAGAUGAGGCAAUUGCUCAUAUAUUGACCAAGCUUCAGGUGGGAAAGAAACUAUCUGAACUGAUUCGAGAUUCAGGUGGCAUGACACCGGGAACUGAACAAGGCAGAUGGCAAUCUGAACUUGCACAGGUGGCAAUUGAGCUGAUUGCUAUUGUUACAAAUUCUGGGCGUGCAAGUACAUUGGCAGCUACAGAUGCUGCUACACCGACAUUGAGGCGUAUAGAGAGAGCUGCUAUUGCCGCUGCCACUCCUAUAACUUACCAUUCCAGGGAGCUUUUGCUUCUCAUACAUGAACAUCUGCAGGCAUCUGGUCUGGCUGAAACUGCAGCUGCACUUCUGAAAGAAGCUCAAUUGACUCCUUUGUCAUCCUUGGCUGCCCCUUCAUCUCUUGCACACCAAGCUUCCGUGCAAGAUGCUCCUUCAAUCCAACUCCAGUGGCCCUCAGGUCGUACCCCUGGUGGAUUUCUCUCUAGCAGAUCCAAGAUUUCUGUUCGGGAUGAAGAUAUUAAUUUGAAGUGUGAUUCAACUUCAUCUUUAAAGAAGAAAUCACUUGUUUUCUCUCCCACUUUUGGGUCACAACAAAAAAACCACUUCCUUUCUCAAGCUUCCCAACCACCAUCUGUCAGGAAAGCACUCACUAGUUCAAAGCCAUGUCCUCUACUGCCAAGUGUUUCAGAAAAGACUGAAUCUACAAUGAAAAGUAACUUUGAUUCAGAAUCGAAUUUUAAGACUCCUCUUGUGUUGCCGAUGAAAAGAAAGUUAUCCGAGUUAAAGGAUACUGGUUUGACAUUAUCUGGGAAGCGAUCCACUGGUGAUCAUUGGCCGAGGUCCCCUACUUGUUUGACACCCAAUACUACUCGAAGAAACUUACUGCUUACAGAUGCUUCAGCAUUGACACCAACUUCUAACAUGAGGGAUCAGCAUGUUCGAGCAACACCAAACAGCUUAUUUGAUUUGUCAGAUGACAACCCAUAUGGUAGUUCUAAUGUGGGACAGAUGACACCUUCCUCCCAAGUUGGACUUCUAAAUGAUCCCCAACCCAGCAACUCAGAACGUCUAAGUCUUGACAGCAUUGUUGUUCAAUAUCUAAAGCACCAGCAUCGUCAGUGCCCUGCACCUAUAACAACUCUUCCACCACUUUCUCUUUUGCAUCCGCAUGUUUGCCCUAUGCCAAAGCGAAGUCUUGAUGCACCAUCAAACAUCACUUCCCGACUUGGUACACGUGAGUUCAGGAGUGUGUAUGGUGGAGUCCAUGGAAAUCGUAUAGAUCGUCAGUUUGUUUACAGUAGAUUCAGGCCAUGGAGAACAUGUAGGGAUGAUGCUGGCAGUUUGUUGACGUGUGUCUGUUUUCUGGGGGACUCCUCCCAUAUUGCAGCAGGUAGUCAUGCUGGCGAGCUAAAAAUUUUUGAUUCUAACAGCAACAAUAUUCUGGACAACUGCUCGGGGCACCAGCUUCCUGUGACUCUUGUUCAGUCAUAUUUUUCUGGUGAAACCCAGAUGGUUCUAUCAUCAAGCUCUCAGGAUGUGCGGUUGUGGGAUGCCUCUUCGUUCUCUGGUGGGGCGACGGUUUCAUUUGAUGGCUGCAAGGCUGCUAGGUUCAGCAAUUCUGGGAGCACUUUUGCUGCCCUAUCUGCUGAUUCCACCGAGAGAGAAAUUCUUCUUUAUGAUAUCCUGACCUAUCAGUUGGAACUGAAGCUCUCUGAUGCCUCGGCUAAUUCUACAGGUCGUGGUCAUAUAUAUUCUCUUAUACAUUUUAGUCCAUCUGAUACCAUGCUUCUCUGGAAUGGUGUUUUAUGGGAUCGGCGGGUUCCAGGUCCUGUUCAUCGCUUUGAUCAGUUUACUGAUUAUGGUGGUGGUGGCUUUCAUCCUGCUGGGAACGAGGUUAUAAUAAAUUCUGAGGUUUGGGAUUUGAGGAAGUUCAGGCUACUUCGAAGUGUACCUUCUUUAGAUCAAACAGCAAUUACCUUCAAUGCACGCGGGGAUGUAAUUUAUGCAAUCCUGAGGAGAAAUCUUGAAGACGUGAUGUCAGCAGUUCACACCCGUCGUGUGAAGCAUCCUCUAUUUGCUGCUUUCCGCACAUUAGAUGCCAUUAACUACUCUGAUAUUGCAACUAUUCCAGUGGAUCGAUGUGUUCUUGACUUUGCAACUGAACCAACUGAUUCCUUUGUUGGGUUGAUUACAAUGGAUGACCAAGAAGAGAUGUUUUCAUCAGCCAGAGUGUAUGAAAUUGGUCGUCGAAGGCCAACUGAUGAUGAUUCUGAUCCUGAUGAUGCAGAAAGUGAUGAGGAUGAGGAUGAUGAAGAUGACGACGAUGUUGAUUUAGAUCCAAUACUUGGGCCAGAUGUCAAUGGGGAGGGGGAGAGUGAUGCAGAUGACAUGAGCAGUGAAGAUGAUGACAGUGUGAGCGGGCUCGAUGACGAUGAUGAUGGGGAUUUUAUCAUGGAUGAUGAAGACUUCAAUGGUGGAGGUGAGAUAUUGGAGAUUGUGACCGAGGGUGAGGGUGAUGAUGAUGACAGCCAGUUGGUUGAAUCUUUUAGCAGCGGUGAAGAGGAUUUUGUGAGGAAUGGUUUUGGUUUCUAAUUUUGAUCUGAUAGGCAAAAAUCUUGCUCAUAAUGCCUACUAUUUAGGAUAGAGGAAAAAUCAAAAUGUAUGUAAUUAUUGGGCAAUUAUUGUUACUGUUCUCUUCUGGCAA